AUGUCCACCUACGCGCCCCGCCAUGCGCCCUCCGCCUUCUCCACCCCCGCCUCGACCACCCUCUUCCGCCGCCUGACAUGGGAGGGCACCGUCCCCCUCGAGGUCCGCGUCGACUCCAAGGAGCUCCCCGCCAACAGCGACCGCGGCCUCGAGUGCUACUACAUGCAAGCACCACGGGUCAGCUACCUCCCGCUGCUCGUGCCCGAGAUCAAGCGCUUCCUCAUGGACGUCGUCUUCGAUGAGGCAGCCGCGCGCGUGAUCAAGGAGGAGGACUGGUGGUUCGAGAGCGAGGAGGGCAGCCUGCUCAAGUGGCAUUGGUCCAUUGGGCUCAUCUACGACAACCACACCAUCACAGCCUCGUUGCGCAACAAUUCAUCCUCCUCCCAGAUCACACCCCUCCGCCUCGUCCUCCACCUGGCGUCACCGCCCACAGACAAGCUCUUGCUCUCACCAAGCGCGGAGGCAUGCAAGCAGGCGUUCAUGGGCCAGCUCAAGGAAGCCGACUUCAUUCGAUGGGGAAACACGAAGCGCAUGACAGGCCUCCGGAAGGCUGAGCAGGACGGCCUAUGGGAGGGCAUCAAAGAACACAACUUCGAGGAGUACUGGCGCGUCGCCGCAAAGGUGACACCAACCACAACACCCACGCGAUCCACGUCACCUCCACCGCCCCCCUCCUCCGCCUCGAUGCACACACGGCCACCCUCCGCUGAUCCGGGCUCCACCGUCGCGCCAGACCGCGACGGUGCAUAUAACGUUCGCAGCGUGCCUGUCCGAAUAUACCUCCCAGACGGGCCCGUCCUGCAGGACCUCGUGCCUCCCACGCUCGAAGACGGCACAGUGCAUACGCUGGCGAAGUUCCUCGCCACACACCUUCCCCUCCUCUUUCCGCCUGGGAAGCCCCCGCUGGCAUAUGCACUCCUGCAGGGUGUGCAUGCCCCUCCAGAUGCUGAGAUGGCGUGGCUCGGUGCCUGCAUGGCAGGCGCGGACGGGUGGGUCAACGUAUGCGUAGGCAUCACGCGCGAGGGACAUCCGAGGUUCUAG